ACCCCAUUGAGCCGUUCCAAAGGGCGAGGUAGAACGGACUUAGUCAGCCUAAGUCCGAAAAAGUCAAUGACGCCACGGACGAAGCGCCAAGGAGAUCCAAACUCAACAACACCGCAACGGAUUUCCGAAAAUGGCUUCCGACAAGCAGAUAAUUCUCAUCACCGGCGCAAACAACGGCAUUGGAUUUGACACAUCCUACGCCCUUGCCGCCGCCUCUCCAAACAACCACAUUCUCAUGGCGUGCCGCAACCACGCCAAAGGGGAAGCAGCCCUCAAAGAGCUCCAAGCCCGCAAGCCCCAAGGCACGCUCGACCUGCUCGACCUCGACGUCUCGGACGACGACUCCAUCGCCGCUGCCGUCAAGAAGGUCGAAGCCGACUUUGGUCGCGUCGACGUUCUCAUCAACAACGCCGGCGUCGUAGGCAAAACUCCCUCCCCAACCCGCGCGGACUUGCGCACAGUCUUCGAGACCAACGUCUUCGGCCCCACAGUCUUGACUCAAUCCCUCCUCUCCCUGCUCCAAGCCUCCAAAUCUCCCAAAGUCAUCAACGUGACUUCAGGCCUGGGAAGCAUCGGCUUCCGCAGCGAUCCAUCCCACGAUACCUACCACGUCCCAUAUACAUCUUACCGCAUGAGCAAAGCCGCCUUGAACAUGCUGACCGCAUGCCAGUACUACGAGUUCCAGAAGUUCGGAUGCAAGGUCUGGGCCUUCUGUCCCGGGUUCGUCAUCACCGAUCUGACGGGCAAGGAGGAACGCCAAUGGAGAAAAGACAACGGGGCCGACAGCUCGGAGACGAGCGCGCAGGGCAUUCUGGAGAUCGUGGAGGGCAAGAGGGACGCGGAAGUUGGGACGUUCAUUGCCAGGUACGGACAGCAAUAUCCAUGGUAAGAAGUGGAAGGGUGUUUGCCUGGUAGAACGAAUGUUGUUGGGGA